AUGAACGAAUUUCGAGCCUUGAUGAGCCAACAUCAACGAAAAGGCCUUAAAAAUCGGGACUUCAUCCCGCAAUUGCUUUUCAAUUCGGCGGUGACAAAGGCGGUAAUCCGCGACGGCGUAUCGACCGUCCCUGACUAUGUAUACCAGGCGAAGACUCUUGCGGAUACAAUCGCCUCUACUGGCAAAAAGGUCUUUGGCAUUCUACUCUUGAACGACCAGAUGGACCUGCUUCUCAAGUUCGUCGAGGCCGAUUACCUAGACGCAAAGCUUCCCUUUUCAGUCGCUAGCCUCACUAAAGUUGUUGGCCUCUCCGAUGACGAAGCGGGCCUAUUUGAGCAGGCACAGUGGGGGCUGAUUUCGCCUACUUUCCGUCUUUGUCAGAAAAAGUUCGUUCUCGAUAAGUUUGCCGGAGAAGAGAACAAUCUCGAUAAGGAUCAGGUUGAGGAAGACUACUUGAAAGAGUUGCAUAACUUUUCCAUUCUCAAUCACUUGAAGCACCCCAAUAUAAUCGAGCUUCUGGCCUCUUAUACUUUGAACGGCAAACAUAACCUUCUCUUCCCGUUAGCUAAAGACGGUACUCUCCAAAAGCUGCUAAAAACUGAGCGGGAGAAAACGCCCUUCACUUCCGAUGCCACCCUCUUGAUCGCGCUUGCGGGGUUGGCGUCUGCAGUAGAGCAUGUGCACCACUUCGCGGCCGAGAGACUGGAGCUCAAGCUGAUGGGAUGCCAUCAUGACCUCCGGCCUCGUAACAUUCUCGUUUCAGGAUCAACUCUAAUUCUUGCCGACUUUGGACUUUCAAACUUCAUCGAGGUUUCCGAUGAUCCAGAGCCGCUAGUGUACACUGCCAAAACUCGAGAUCCUGAAGACAUGUUCAAGUUACCUAAAGGCACUCCUCCGUACAAGACCAUGGACCUGUUUGACUCGAUUAUAGACUGCCUGAAGCGUCUUCGGAGCGAUCUCGAACGUAGGUUGUCUGAAACGGAAACACGCGAGCACCUUGACUUUUCCGGCCUGAUACAUCUGAAUGAUGAGCUCGAGUCCUUCCUCAGCGUGGAACAGAAUAACGCAUCGCGCCGUUACUUCAACAUUCGGAUAAUGGAUGACAGCGAACAGGCUUCUACACAGUGGGAGAGCGGGGGCACUAGUGGCUCUAUCAGUCGUGAUAUUCGCAAGAGACGAGCUAUCAAGAAUAUGAAUCGUCAAAUUGACAAGAGUCAUACGUCCAAGUCCAAGAAAUUACUAGUCAAUUCCGAAGACGUGAAGCUGGUGCGCCAGGUAAAUCACCACGAUCUUGGUCGCCUCUUGGCAGACUCAGCGGAGUCCCAAAUAUGGAUCGAGUGGCGCAAGUAUGAAAAGUCCGGCACGGACGGGGCCCUCACUGAAAAGCUGCAACAGCGGACCGCCGCGGUGGCCGAAUUUCUAGCGGAACCAAAGCCCGAAAGCUUCCGAACGCUCAAGUGCCGUGGCUACUUUCACGAGCCUCGAAGGACAUCAUUCGGCCUCAUCUUUGAGCUCCCGGAAGGCAGAAAUGCCGACCGCUUGAGUAACCUAAACCAAGAGAUUCUCCGUACAUGUAGCUCUAAAACAAUAGCCGAUCGACCUGACCUCGACGACAGAUACAAGCUCGCCUCGUCUCUCGCAGCGACGGUCCUUAAUCUUCACACUGCGGGAUGGCUGCACAAAAGCUUGAUGCCAUCCAAUAUUGUCUUUUUCCCUAAUGCCAGCGAGCGCUCGGGGGCAUUGGUGAGGAACCAUUUCUGGUUGGGUUUAAUCACGGUCGGCCGGGAGACCCAUCCACCUUCACGACGGGAAUAUCUGAUGACGGCGCGAGAGAUCACCUCCAUCCCAGAUAUCUAA